CGGCACCGCGCACCCCGCGGGGACCCGAAAAAGGGCCGGCCCGGCUCUCCGCCCGCCCGGAGCCCGGCGCGUCCCACCCCCGGCCUUGACGACAGCGCGCUAAUGAAAUGCUAAUGCCGGGGCGCGGAGCCGGGCGCUGCCCUCGCCGAUAAAACCCAGCGCGGGGCCGCCUCGCCGCCUGCCCGCCGCCAUGCACAGCGCGGCCCCCGCCGCCCCGCCGGCGCUGCACCUCCUCACCUCCUACUUCAUCGACGGCAUCUUGGGACGCGGCUCCGCGGCGGGACGGCACGGCGAGGAGCGCUCGGCGCGGCCCGACCCCGCGGAGGAACCGGCGGCGUCGGAGCGAGCGGGGCGGCCGCGCGGCGAGGCGGCGGGGAGCGGCGAGGCACCGGCAGCGCUGAAAAGGAAGCAGCGGAGGAACCGCACCACCUUCACCAGCUACCAGCUGGAGGAGCUGGAGAAGGCCUUCCAGAAGACGCACUACCCCGACGUCUUCACCAGGGAGGAGCUGGCCCUGCGCCUGGAGCUGACGGAGGCCCGUGUGCAGGUCUGGUUCCAAAAUAGAAGGGCAAAGUGGAGGAAACGUGAAAAAACUGAAAUUCUGGGGACUGUUCCAGGAAUCUCCUUAACGCACCCACUUGGACUGUUUUUGGACGUUCCACUCAGCCAUUCCCCCAUCCUCGAUCACACAUGGAGGUCGAUGCCUUUCUCAACACUGGCUGUGCCAUCCAUGUCUCCUGCUUUUACUUCUUCAACUUUAGGGCCAUUUGGCCUCAGUAGCCUUACCUGGACUUCUCUCUUCAGAAAUCCCAUCUUAAAUCCACACUUUGGAAGGUUUCUCAGUGCUUUAAAUCCUCUCAUGACAACAGCUUCAGUACUCAUGAAAGCCCCCGGACCUCCAUCAGACCCCGCUCUUACUGCCUUCACUGAUCCAGCAGCAGUUGAAAGGAAAACAUCGAGCAUUGCAGCGCUGAGGCUCAAAGCGAAGGAACAUUCAGCACAAAUCCCUCAAUUAAACUUCAUCUCAAACACUAACAAAGAACUUUGUUAGGAGCUCUCCCACGGGCUACAGCCACAGAAGGGAAUGCUUGCUCCAACAAGCAGCGCCUGUUAGAGACGUUUAAAAAGGGAUAACACACGCACCCAGCUGCAGUCCCUCCACCUAUAGUGGACAAAAUGGAAUGGGCAACAAGGAAAUAACCUUGCUAAAAAUUGUUUUCCUUCAUCACAGUGUGAAAUCGUGCAGCAAGUUGACUUUUGUCACCAUUUCUACCUACAAUUUCUGACAGUACAGAAAAAAGAAGAAAAAAAACCAACAGGAACUGUCUGAUCUUUAUAACUCAGGCUGACAUGAAACUGAAGCUGUGAAAUCCCCGAAGUCACUGGAUGCUGGUUCAAGGAUUCAGAAUUCUUUGUAGGAGUAACUUCAGUCUUAGAAGUGAUUCUUAACUCAUUUCUCAGGAGGAACCCUUACAUACAGUAUGUAAGAACCAGUAUAUAAUAUGUUCUUAACUUUGAAACCAUGCUUCAUGUUGAAGUACAGAUGCCAGUGAAAUCUUGCAUGUUAGGCUUAGCAGGAAGGAGCUGUCAAGUAUUAUCAAUAUAGGCUUUUGAUUCAGAACCAGGUUUGUAUAAAACAUAUCUUGUUUUAAACAUAAAAAGAAGAUGUUUAUGUUCAGUGGCAGUGGCUAAUAAUUAAAAAAUCCUUUGUGUAUGAAAUCUGUGUCCUGUGAAAAUAGGCUGUUAAUGUGCAGUAAAUGGCGUGUAUUUCUCUGUGUGCAUUUUUAAGUAUCAGUAAAUAGCUAAUAGCUGUAUUUAUGAGGUUACUGAAUACUUUUAGCAUGACUAGUGGCAAAUAUUAACAGACCACUAAGUUAACAGGUGACUUUUAAAUUCCCAUGUCUGAUGCCUUGAGUAGAUUGAGAAUUCAAGUGAGAACUAAAUAUGAAAUGUUAAAUUCUUCCUUGAACUGAUUCUAGCACUGGUAUAAACAGAAGUCCUACCGACCAGAUGUCUGUAGCUCAGCAAAAUCCUGAACUCGUUUCCUGGCCUCAGACAAGUCAUUUCGGAGUUUUCUGCUGAACUUCCCCAUCUGUGAAAUGAGACUGAGAACAGCAAUCCUAUCUCUUGUUCUGGUGCGUGUUAAGCGAAGAUAAGCAUCUUCCUCAUUUUGCAGCUUGCUUGCCUACCUCACAGGGCUGUUGUGAGGACUGAUUAAACCAUCAUGACAGUGCAAAUGGUAGUUAUGUAAGUGCUAAUUGUUGCUUAGCAAUCACAUCAGAAAGGCCAACAGCUGAGGACACCUGUAAGUUGCCUCGCCUGCAUCUGCAGCAAGCUCCACUUCUGAGGGUUGAUGGAACAACAUGGAACACUCCUAUUGACACUGUCUGGUUCCUAAAACCCUUCACAAGUGCUAAAUUCAGAUGAAAUAUUUUGUACUCUUCAGAACUUUUUUCUCACAGCAACUUUGGGACUACUCAGUUGUCAAAGAUGCUUUCAAGGCUGCAGUUUGAGUGCAGAGUUCGCAAUACCUGACUGCUGCUGCUGCUCUAUGCUUGUCUGAGUUUGUCCUUCUCGCUCACAAACCUAAGCACAGCUGGCUGCAUCAGGCAGAUCCAUUUUUCAUUUCCUCUGAACUACUAAUUGCUUUGAUUACCCUUGAGCUGUAAGCAACUACAAGUAUUUCUGGAUUCAUAAAUCUCAUCGUGGUUCUCGCUAGGAGAAGGCAGUGGUAUUUUACUGUUAGGAAAAGCAAGCUUUCUACCCAGAGUAUAAUUCUGUUGCUUAGCCUGCUGAGCAGGACUAGGCUUGCAAAGUGACAUAACCAGGACCACUCACAAAAAAGUUUGUGUUUUCUUUCACAGCAGCUAUUUACUUCCGCCAAGACACUCCCAUCGCCCAGGCUGCCAACUGGCAGCACAACACAGUACCCACUCAAGCAAUGGGUUUGUUCCACAUUAACCUUUUAGGUAGGUCAAUGGUUUGAGAACUCAUUACACAGUCCACAUUUGUAUAUCUUUUUCCCUUGCCAGUGUACUCCUACAACAUGAGGAGGUUCUACAGCACAGCAGAUUGUGCCAUUCUUAAAGAAGCAGGAACUGUCCUGCAUUCACUGUGAGCCGUUCAGGAAAGAACUUUGCAAAAAACAUAAAACCCAGCUAUUUUUGCCAAAUUACAUUUCUAGACAAUUUCACUAGAAGCAGCACACAAAAAAUAACUGCUGAAGGUUGUCCUUUCAUCAGAAACUUUAUCACUGACUGCAGGGCCAACAAUACUUCACCUGCAAAUAAAUAAAUUCACAAAGUAAAAUUCCUCUAAUUUCAGCAGUUAAGUUCUGAGGCAACUUAUCAAGGUUUUUCUAAUAGCUAUGGGCACAAAUGAUUAAAGGGACAGCAGUUUGCACACUUCCUUGCACUACAGCUCAUAGCAGACUCAGACCUACCAUUACAUAGUACACACGGGCCACUUUUGCAAAUGCCACAGACCCCUCUCUGGAAACAACAGGGGUUGGACAGCAGGGUUGGUUCCCAAGCCCCUGCUGGGUUGCUUUGCUGGUGUUCUUAACAGAUUCUUUCAAUAGGAAGGCACCCUUAUUCUAAGACACCCUCCUCUCCUACCUCAGCGCUGCAUGCUUGAGCCAUUUGGGUGGAAAUUGGUGUCAGCAGGCAUUAGCAGAGAGCACAGCUUGCCAGUGCUUCACCUGGGUUUUGUUUGAAACAUUUUCUUUAACCCAAUUUCACGUUUUCUGCUAUGAGUCCUUCCAAGAAAUUUCCAUUUUUUUCACAUGAAUUGAAAAUCCAUCUGUGAAAGCUAAUGGUAUUAUGGAAACAAAUAAGCAGGGCAACACUUGAAAUCAUUCUAAGAAUCAAAGUGCUCCUGUAACCAAAACUCAGCAAGAUUUUUUGAGUGAAUUAUUGCUAUUUUUAACAAACUAUCUAUCGCACUAAGAGGAAAAUUUUCCUUGUUCAGAAACAUCUCUCUGUUUUAAAUGUAAAUAAAAUGGUACAGCUAA